AUGGAUUACACAACCGGUCCGUUACUUUACCCAAGUCUGGGGCAAAAUGUCAGCUUCCUGUUCAACUUGACGGCCAACUCCAGUUCUGGCUACGCCGGCCUGUCACCACAGACGAGCAGCACCAUCGGCACCAUCCUGAUCGUAGCGUUGACCAUCAACAUGGUGUCGAUGGGAUGCACCAUGGAGGCAACCAAGAUCAUGAAAAACAUAUUAAAACCCAAAGGAGUGGCUACUGCUAUCCUGUCACAGUACGGGGUCAUGCCCCUGACCGCCUUUGUUCUAUCUAAGGCCUUCCAGCUGCAGGGCAUGAUGACAGUGGCAGUGUUGGUGUGUGGCUGCAGCCCCGGAGGAGCGUUCUCCAACAUCCUGGCUCUGGCUCUGAAGGGGGACAUGAACCUAAGCAUCGUGAUGACCUCCUGCUCCACCUUGCUGGCUCUGGGCAUGAUGCCGCUCCUCCUCUACAUCUACUGCCAGGGCUUCGCCAACGUGCACAAGCUCGUGCCGUACACUCAGAUCGUCAUAUCGCUGGCCCUGAUCCUCGUGCCCUGCGGCGUCGGCAUCGUCAUCAACCACUACAGGCCCAAGUACGCCAACAUCUUCCUGAAGGUCGGCAUCUCCGUCUUGCUGGUGAGCGUCGCGACAGUCAUAGUCAUGCUCGUCGUCGAAAUGGGAGAAGCCUUCAUGACGGUGCUGGCGCCCAGCCUCAUGGCCAUCUCCUUCAUCAUGCCGCUCAUCGGCUACUCCUUCGGAUUCGUCAUCUCCUCGCUCUUCAAACUCAGCCACUCGCAGCGGAGGACUGUUGCCAUGGAGACGGGCUGUCAGAACAUCCAGCUGUGCUCCACCAUCCUGAAGGUGGCCUUCCCGCCGGAGGAGACGGGCCCGCUCUUCAUGUUCCCCAUGAUCUUCGGGAUCUUCCAGCUGUCGGAGGCCGCGGCGCUCAUCGUGCUGUUCAGGUGUUACGAAAGGUUCACCAGCAAGGAGAAAGAACCCUGCCAGCCUGCGAUCAACGAGAGCGACAUGAAGGAGCCUCUGAAGAAGCUGAACGCGGAGAAAGACCCAAAGGAUCACCAUUUCUCCGAAGCUUGA